AUGGAGAGAUCUGCAUCACGCACCAAGAGUGGGAAAUUCAUGAACCCCACUGACCAGGCUGGAAAGGAAGCUCGGAAGAGGGAAUUUAAAAAGAACAAGAAACAAUGAAUGAUGGUACGAGCUACAGUGCUGAAGAUGAAGGAUCCCAAACAGAUUAUCUGGGACAUGGAGAAACUGAAUGAGAUGGAGUUCAAUCCAGUACAGCAGCCACAAUUACAUGAAAAUGUGAUCAAAAGGAAACACAAAAAACUUCAGGAAACUUUUCAGAGAAUUGUCCGACUCUAUGAAAAGGAAAAUCCAGGUAUCGCCAAAGAACUUGGAAAGUUAGAGGUACAAUGUGAGCAGAAGAGGGCCCAGCUCAGUCAAUACUUUGCUUCUGUAAAGAAUGCUCAGCACGUUGAAGUGGAAAGCAUCCCACUGCCUGACAUGUCUCAUGCUCCUUCUAACAUCUCACUCCAAGGAAAACCAUUGCCUGGUGCACAGUCACCUACUGUUCUCAAAAAUCUCUCUGCCUAUGGACCUCCCACCAGGGCAAUUUCUCUGCUUCCUGUGCCUGGACAUGGUGUUCCUCCUUUACCUCCUGGCAGAAUUCCUCCGGGCCCACCCCCUGGGCCACCUCCUUUCCAAGUGCUGCAGAUGUACGGCUAUAAAGUGGGCUUUGCUCUAGAAGUUUUUCCUCCUCAGCAGGAGGAGGACAGUCCAGAACUUGCUCAAGGAGGUUGUGAUGACGAUGCUUUCAGCACCAUUGAAAAAGAAGAUUGUCCUCAAGACAUGGAUCAAGAUAAGCAUGAUGACAGCAAUUGUAACAGGAGCAUCAACAAGUCAGAUGUCCCCUGGGGAAAAGAGUUCAUGGCUGAUGAUGAAGAGAGAGAGAACAGUGAGGAAAAAAACUCAGUUCUCAAUGUAAGAUUUGCUGGUGUUCCUGGAGAAUUGGGAAAGAAAAAGAAAAACAUGAAGCAAUUAACACCUCUUCAAGCUACCAUGCUUAGAAUAGCAGGUCAGGAAAUUCCUGACAAGGGGCAAGAAGCUCAGGUAUUUUCAGAGGAUGAUGACCAGGAGGAUUCUGAGGACUUAAAGGACACAAGAGAGCAGCAGCACAAGGAAGUAUCUCUUCCUGAUGGGGCAUUCUUCUCUCCUGCUUCUCAGAAACAGCAACUAUCUCCACAGUCUGCUCUUCCUGCCCAAAGACAGUUGCCUGCCAUACCAGGACUCCACCUUGCUCCACCAUUACUACCAGCUCCUGGGCUCCCUGCUGGUCCACCCCCAAGAGCUACUCCCUUCUUAAAACCACUUGGAAUGCCAGGGUUUAGAGCUCCUUCACCCAAGCUUUUACUUUCUGGCCCUUCUCCUCAAGGGGGACCACCAAGGCUAUGUCCCCCAGCACCUCUAGCCAGCUGUCCACCUCCUCCUGGGAAGACAAACCCACCUUUUGUACCCCAAAUUGGACCAGCUACACCUGGGCUUUUUCCACCAACUCCCUUGCCCAGUGCACAUUUUUUAAGUUCUCCACCCAAUUUGAUCCAGAGACCUAAAAUGCGUGAUACCACUGCAGGUCCCAUUGAGAAGAAAGUCACAGCUAUCAUCAGUGCCAAGCCACAAAUCACCAAUCCCAAGGCAGAAAUGAUCAGAUUUGUGCCUACUGCACUGAGGAUUCAACGAGAAAACAAAGGAGCUACUGCUACUGUUCCCCAAAGGAAAUCGGAAAAGGAUUUUACUAUACCCCUUGCUGUAACCUUGCCAAAACUAUCCCUCAAUCUGGUCUCUGCUCCUGUUUUAAUACAGACCAAGGAUGAUGUGUAA